AUGGGCAAUCGAUUGAUCAUCACAGGUGCAUCGGGAGUUCUGGGUACUGCGAUAUACGAUGCUUUCAAGGCAGUGCCUAAGACAGAGGUUCUGGGUCUUGCGUUCACAAAUGCCAAACCGGGGUUGCAGAAACUCGAUCUCCAAGAUCGCGAGGAAGUAGAACGCGUCUUCACCGAGUUCAAGCCGGACUGGGUCAUCCACUGUGCAGCUGAGAGACGCCCGGAUGUGGCGCAGAAGAACCCUGACGGCACGCGUAACCUCAAUGUGAACGUGUCUGGACAUCUCGCGCAACUGGCAAAGACCCUCGGUUACACUCUUGUGUAUAUCUCCACAGAUUAUGUGUUCGAUGGACAGUCGCCGCCGUACAGUGUUACAUCUCCUACCAACCCGCUGAACCUUUAUGGAGAAACCAAGCGCGACGGCGAGAAUGCUGUCCUAGGUGUCGAUAGUGCCAAAGUGGUCGUCCUGCGCGUUCCCGUGCUGUACGGGCCCACUCCUCGUAACUCGGACUCCGCGAUCAACAUACUCCUCGACGUCGUGCAUGAUCAGUCCGGAAAGCAAUACAAGAUGGAUCACUACCAAACCCGCUUCCCCACGAAUGUCAUCGACAUCGCCCAUUUCCUCGUCAGAUUGACAGCUGUGCCCGAGCCGCUUCCGCGGAUAAUGCAUUAUUCCGCACAGGAACCGUUCACGAAAUAUGAAAUCUGUCUGAUUUUCGCGCAAUUGCUCGGCCUGCCUCACGCGCACAUAAUCCCCGACGCCGAGCCCCCUAAGGACGCCACUGCUCGUCCGAAGGAUACUCAGCUUGACGUGCACGAGACGGAGGAGCUGUUGAUGCGUGCUGAAGCGCCUCUCAAGGAAUUGAGCUCGAGGAUUCCGGACAAAGGUGGCAUUGGUCUGGGAUGCAGCGGCUUCGAAGAGUGGUGGGCAGGUUACCUCAAGGUUGGAGAACCUGCGAGCGCGUUUUCCGGAUAGUUGGGAACUCCAACUCUCUUCAUGUAUAGGUAUCCACAAUUGUAUUUUGAAUGAGAU